AUGACACCCUUCUUCCUCACCCUUCUCAUACCAAUGACUGCGAGUGUGAAGAUUUUCACAAAGACCAUGCCUGCCCAACCUUAUAAUUUGCAAAAUAUACCCCUCGAGACUAACAUGCGUGCUCAUUUUCAAGGCUACGACCCCGAGGGUCAACCCAUAAUGACCGCCUUUUGGGAAUUUGAAGAUAUGCUAAUGGAUACCGACUUGAAUCUACACGUUUCAAACCGUGCAUGUGUCUGUGAAAUUAUUGCCCCAAAUGAUAUGCUGAUGCAAUGCCAAGGCCGCCUUUAUCGUGUGGAAAACAAGCAUAUUCAUGUCGUCGCUCAAGUUUCAGAACAUUUUGCUUUCGAUCAUGUAAUGAAGCACAUUUAUGUAUAUGCUCAUGAUCAAAUUGUACGCCUUCAACCCCAUAUGAAUGAAAAGAGCGUUCCAGUUUGGAAUAAUGUAAAGGAAAUUCGAGAUUUUAAUGUAGUUUCUGGUCUUUUGACAACUCUUCAUUCAAAUGGCACCAUUCUAUUCAAUGGAACAAUUCUGGGCCAAGUCGAUCCUGCUUCAUAUAGUAGAUUACCAAUUUUUGCUGCACCAAACGAAACUCCACAACCCCUAGAAACUAGUAUAUAUUGCCUCGUCUAUUUCUUAAUCGGCUCAUUAUCCACACUGAUUAUGGAAACAUGUGGACAGCAAAUAGCUCAACUUCGUGGUGCUGGUGGUCUGAACUUGGAAAAGAAGCCGACACUUGUCCGUCAACUCUCACUAUAA